CCUCCGCCCGGUACCGUGCCGCGGAGUUCCUCAGCAGCCCCGGAUCACCGAUCUUUCGCGAGAAAUAGUCAGCUCCAGCAGCUCUCCCGAACGGCGGCCGAAGACGCUCCCGAGAGCUCCCGAAGAACCCCGGCCGUUCGCCGUCUCCGGAAAGAGCCGAAGGAGCUUUCCACCCUCGGCCCACCGAGCCCUUCCGAAAAGGGCCGAAAAGCUCCGAGCGGCCGUCCUGCCGGACUGCUGGAGGCGGCCGCAGCGCCAUGUUGGAUGCUCUGCUCGUUGAGUGAAGAAAAUCCGUCCGCAUCGCCCGAGCCCCGCUACCGAGAAGGGCGCCGCUUCCCCCGGGGAGGGGGACAGAGACCCCCCGCCGCCGGCCCAUGAGGAUAUUGCCGUGAAAGGCUCAGCGGCUGCAGCAGGAACCGGACCCGGUACCGGAGCGGCGGCGGCAGCGGCGGCGGUACCGCCUCCUCACCCGGCGGCGGCGGCAGCGGCGGCGGCAGCGGCAGCGGCGGCGGCGGCCCCUCCUCACCCGAACAUCAGGGCCCUCCAGACCCCUGCGCCCCAACAGAUUCCUAGAGGACCCAUACAACAGCCUCUGGAGGAUCGGAUCUUCCCUCCCACGGUCUCUGCAGUCUACAGCACGGUAACACAGGUAGCAAGACAGCCGGGACCCCCAGCCCCUUCCCCUUACUCAGCACAUGAAAUAAACAAGGGGCACCCCAAUCUUGCGGCCACGCCCCCGGGACAUGCAUCGUCCCCUGGACUCUCUCAAACCCCUUAUCCCUCUGGACAGAAUGCAGGUCCAACCACACUGGUCUACCCUCAAGCCCCUCAGACAAUGAAUUCACAGCCUCAGACCCGGUCUCCGCCCAGCAGAACAGUGCCAAUACAUUGCACAGACAACUGGAAGAGGAGGAAGGUUUUGGAACAGACUCCCGUUUACAGGUCCUUGGCUGGAAGAGGCUGGAUAAAAUACUGCAUUUUUGCAGCGGGGCCUCGACCUGCCCAUCAUCAGUUUUUCCAGAGGCCUCAGAUCCAGCCUCCCAGAGCAACCAUCCCAAACAGCAGUCCUUCCAUUCGUCCUGGUGCACAGACUCCCACUGCGGUGUACCAGGCCAACCAGCACAUCAUGAUGGUGAACCAUCUGCCUAUGCCAUACCCUGUUCCCCAGGGGCCUCAGUACUGUAUACCACAGUACCGCCAUGGUGGCCCUCCGUAUGUGGGGCCCCCACAGCAGUAUCCAGUUCAGCCACCGGGGCCGGGACCUUUUUAUCCUGGACCAGGACCUGGGGACUUUGCUAAUGCUUAUGGAACGCCUUUUUACCCAAGUCAGCCAGUGUAUCAGUCAGCAUCUAUCAUAGUGCCUACGCAGCAGCAGCCCCCUCCAGCCAAGAGAGAGAAAAAAACUAUAAGAAUUCGAGAUCCAAAUCAGGGAGGUAAAGACAUAACAGAGGAGAUUAUGUCUGGAGGUGGCAGCAGAAAUCCUACUCCACCUAUAGGAAGACCCACAUCCACACCCACUCCUCCUCAGCAGCUGCCCAGCCAGGUCCCCGAGCACAGCCCUGUGGUAUAUGGGACUGUGGAGAGCGCUCAUCUUGCUGCCAGCACCCCUGUCACUGCAGCUAGCGACCAGAAGCAAGAAGAAAAACCAAAACCAGAUCCAGUGUUCCAGUCUCCUUCCACAGUCCUUCGGCUUGUCCUUAGUGGGGAGAAGAAAGAGCAAGCAGGCCAAGUGCCUGAGACUACUGCAGGAGGGCCUACCCCAGAGCCUCCUCGGAUUUCAUCACCUGCCACCCUUCCUCCGCUUCCUUCCCCCACUUCUGCUGCCCUGAGCAACCAGCCACUAUUCACUACUGUUCUCCAGGACAAAUGUGAACACCCUCCCUCAAAAGAAGAUGCACUUCCUGUACUCAGUCCCACAUCUUGCACAGCUACAUCAGCCCCUUCACUAAUAGAUGACAGAGAUAUAUGCAAGAACCCCUGUAGUGUAGCACCUCACAAUAUUGAGCUGAUUUCUAGUACUAAUCUAAUUAAUGAAAUGAAUGGAGUUGGUGAAAAAUUGCCAGCCAAGGAAAGCAUUGUGGACAUGGUAAAACAGGAAGUGCUGCCAUUGACUCUUGAAUUGGAGAUUCUGCAAUAUCCCCAGGAAGAAAUGAAAGUGGAGUGUACCCCAACUCCUGUUACCCCUUCCAUGCUGCCUUCCUUUUCACCAGCUCCUCCAACUCCCCCAACUUCUCCUCCUUGCACUCCUGUCAUUUCUGCCUGCUCUGCUCGUUCUCCUGUUGCUGCCACUGUGGUCCAGAGAGUCGCUGAAGAGGGAGAGAGUGUAAGAACUUGCCUUGGCGAGGAUGGAAAUGAGACUCUGAACAAAACGGAGGCAAAAGUAGUUGGGAAAACAGAAGAGAUUGUGGAUUCUCAGAACUUAAAUUCAAGAAGGAGCCCUGCCCCAGUGCAAACCGCCACCACUGCACCAAAGACAUGGAAGAAAGUGAAAGAGCGGACCCGAACCCCAGAAGAGGUGUUAGAGGCAGAGGCAGAGCCUAAAACUGAAGAGGAGCUUCCAGAUGACAUAGUACUUGAACCUGAGCAAGAUCAAAUGAAUCAAGGGUUUCACUUUGAGAGAGACCCAUCUGCCCCGAAAAGAGUGAAAGCUGGGGAAGAAAAUGGAGAUGAAGCUGAGCUUCUACGCAAUGGUGCCGAGAGUACUUCUGAGGGGGAAGGAGGCGACGCCAAUUCAGGCUCUACCGAUAGUUCUGGGGAUGGGAUCACCUUACCAUUUAAAGCAGAGUCCUGGAAGCCUGUGGAUACAGAAGGCAAGAAGCAAUAUGACAGGGAGUUCCUACUGGACUUCCAGUAUAUGCCUCCCUGUAUCCAAAAACCAGAGGGCCUGCCUCCCAUCAGCGACGUGGUUCUCGACAAGAUCAACCAGCCCAGAUUGCCAAUGCGAACCCUGGACCCUCGCAUUUUGCCUCGCGGACCCGACUUCACCCCAGCCUUUGCAGAUUUUGGAAGGCAUACGCCUGGCGGAAGAGGCGUGCCUUUGUUGAAUGUUGGACCUCGGAGGUCUCAGCCUGGCCAGAGAAGGGAGCCCAGAAAGAUCAUCACCGUGUCUGUAAAGGAAGAUGUGCACUUGAGAAAAGCGGAGAACGCUUGGAAGCCCAGCCAGAAGCGGGACAGCCAGGCCGACGAUCCUGAAAGCAUUAAAACGCAGGAACUUUUCAGAAAAGUUCGGAGUAUCUUAAAUAAACUAACACCACAGAUGUUCAACCAGCUGAUGAAGCAAGUGUCGGGACUCACUGUGGACACCGAGGAGCGACUGAAGGGAGUCAUCGACCUGGUCUUUGAGAAGGCUAUUGAUGAGCCCAGUUUCUCUGUGGCGUAUGCAAACAUGUGUCGAUGCCUAGUAACGCUGAAGGUUCCCAUGGCAGAGAAGCCCGGUAACACGGUGAAUUUCCGGAAACUGCUGCUAAACCGCUGCCAGAAGGAGUUUGAAAAAGAUAAAGCAGAUGAUGAUGUCUUUGAGAAGAAGCAGAAAGAACUGGAAGCUGCCAGUGCUCCCGAGGAGAGGACGAGGCUUCAUGAUGAACUGGAGGAAGCCAAGGACAAAGCCCGUCGGAGAUCCAUUGGCAACAUCAAGUUUAUUGGAGAACUCUUUAAACUCAAGAUGCUAACAGAGGCCAUAAUGCAUGACUGUGUGGUGAAGCUGCUGAAGAACCAUGACGAAGAGUCCCUGGAGUGCUUGUGUCGCCUGCUCACCACCAUUGGCAAGGACCUGGACUUCGAGAAAGCAAAGCCACGUAUGGACCAGUACUUUAACCAGAUGGAGAAAAUCGUCAAGGAAAGAAAAACUUCAUCCAGGAUUCGAUUCAUGCUUCAGGAUGUGAUAGACCUCAGGCUGGUAUGCUGGGUGUCCGAAGAGGCAGAUCAGGGCCCAAAAACUAUUGAGCAGAUUCACAAAGAGGCCAAAAUAGAAGAACAAGAAGAGCAGAGGAAAGUCCAGCAGCUGAUGACCAAGGAGAAGAGAAGGCCAGGUGUUCAAAGAGUGGACGAAGGUGGAUGGAAUACUGUUCAAGGAGCCAAGAACAGCCGAGUUCUGGACCCCUCCAAAUUUCUGAAAAUCACUAAGGUGACUGUGAUGCAUAAUGUUUUAUUUUCCCACCAUGACGAGAAGAUUCAGCUGGUUCUAAAGCACAGCUGGGCAGCUGGGCAAAGGCAGCAGCGGUGGAGCAAAGCAAGCGAGACUGAUGCCUUACGGUCAAGUGCUUCCAGUUUAAAUAGAUUCUCUCCUCUGCAACCUCCAGCACCUUCAGGGUCGCCAUCAGCCACACCUUUAGAGUUUGAUUCCCGAAGGGCAUUAACCAGUCGUGGGAGCAUGGGCAGGGAGAAGAGUGACAAGCCACUUCCAGCUGGAACAGCCCGUCCCAACACCUUCCUGAGGGGCAGCAGCAAAGACCUGCUAGACAAUCAGUCUCAGGAGGAGCAGCGCAGAGAGAUGCUGGAGACCGUGAAGCAGCUGACUGGAGGUGUGGACGCCGAGAGGGCCAGCUCCGAUGCUGACCGAAACAAGCCGAGGGAGCUAGUGAAAUCAGAUAUGUGUGCAAUGUCAGCCCCUGACAAGCCUGCACUGUCAGAAGAAGAAGUGGAGAGGAAGUCCAAGUCUAUCAUUGAUGAAUUCCUGCACAUCAAUGACUUUAAGGAGGCCACGCAGUGCAUUGAGGAGCUGGGUGCCCAGGGCCCACUGCAUGUUUUUGUGAAGGUGGGUGUCGAAUUCACCCUGGAACGGAGCCAGAUCACCAGGGAUCACAUGGGCCAGUUACUGUAUCAGCUGGUGCAGUCAGAAAAACUCAGCAAGCAGGACUUUUUCAAAGGUUUUUCUGAAACCUUGGAAUUGGCAGAUGACAUGGCCAUUGAUAUUCCCCAUAUUUGGUUGUACCUGGCUGAACUAGUCACCCCCUUGUUAAAAGAAGGGGGAAUUUCCAUGAGAGAACUUAUUGUAGAAUUUAGCAAGCCUUUGCUUCCCGUGGGAAGAGCUGGGAUCCUGCUUUCUGAAAUACUGCACCUUCUAUGCAAACAAAUGAGCCAUAAGAAAGUAGGAGCCUUAUGGAGGGAGGCUGAACUCAGCUGGAAGGACUUUCUACCAGAAGGGGAAGAUGUACAUAAUUUUCUCUUAGAGCAGAAAUUGGACUUCAUAGAGUCAGAAAGUUCCUGUUCCUCUGAAGCACUUUCGAAGAAAGAACUCUCCGCUGAGGAGCUGUCUCAGCGGCUGGAGAAACUCAUCAUGGAGGACAGGGCAGACGACGAGCGGAUUUUCGACUGGAUAGAGGCUAAUCUAGACGAAAACCAGAUGAGUUCGCCUACAUUCCUUAGAGCUUUAAUGACGGCCGUUUGCAAAGCAGCUAUUAUAGCUGACUGUUCUACCUUCAGAGUGGACACUACUGUUAUCAAGCAGAGAGUGCCGAUCUUACUCAAGUACCUAGACUCAGACACAGAGAAGGAACUACAAGCACUUUAUGCACUACAAGCAUCAAUAGUAAAACUUGACCAACCUGCCAAUUUGCUCCGGAUGUUUUUUGAUUGCCUGUAUGACGAGGAGGUGAUCUCAGAGGAUGCCUUCUAUAAAUGGGAAAGCAGCAAGGACCCUGCAGAGCAGAAUGGGAAGGGCGUGGCCCUCAAAUCUGUCACAGCAUUUUUCACGUGGCUGCGGGAAGCAGAAGAGGAGUCCGAGGAUAACUAAUACUUCAAAUACACAAAAGAAACAAAAGAAACAAUUUAAGUAUUUUUUUAAAAAGUUUCACUUCUUCGCCAAUCACAGUGCAGCAAGGCCAACUCUCGCAGAAACCCCACGUGUGCACGAGUGGGAGAGGGAAAAGGAAACAGGUGAUCAUGGAGGAUAAAGGUGCUGGAACAAGGAGACAGCAAACCUGAGGGCGGGAGCUCGAAAACCAAAAUACAUGUACUAUUUAUAGAAAAUAUUUUCUGUUUUAAUCUUUUCUUUUUAAACGAGGACUCAUACUUUAAAAAAAAAAAAACACAUUUAGCAAAAAAAAAAAAAAGAAAAAAGAAAAAAAGAAAGGAAAAAAAACAGUUGAGAACUUUUAAUUUAUUUUAAGGACUGCAAAUGCCAGUGUGUAAUUUUUAAUUUGCAGUUUCUGUAAACAACUUGUAUAAUAGAAAAGCAGAGAAAUCAAUUUCCCUCCCCUUCAGAUACACCCACAUCUGUGUUCAGACACAACUGUUAGUCCAGACUUGAAGGUUUGGGGUGAACAAGGUAAGAAAGAUCCUUUUUUUCCCUCCCUUUUUUUUUCUCUCUCUCUUUCUCUCUCUCUCUCGUUCCAUUCCCACCCCUGAUCAGAUCUUUCUGCCUGCUUCUCAGCUUGCUUCCAAAAGUUAAAAAUCACACUAGCAAUCAAAACAUACAUAACCUCGGAACAGAAGGAAGUACUGUGGACCAGAAAAAUCCAAGAAUUGUUCAAAAAAAAGUGCUACCCUGGAAAUACCCUGAAUACCAUUGAAAUCGUUAGAGCAAUCUUAAGGCUUGUAAAUACAUAGAACAAAUAUUUAAAAACAUAAAAAAGGAACUGACUCAAUACUAUUUCUUUUCACUUUCAAAAUAUAAGGAACAAAAUAAAGACAAGCAUUGCAAGUUUAAAAUAAAACGACGUCUCCUUUUGACA